CACACUCAUUCUCAUACUUUUUCCUCUUCAUCUUUUUUUAUCGUAAUUUCUUUCACCUUUUCUUCUUCUUCUUCUCUAUCAUCAACCAUCAAAACCAUGAACAAAGUUGAUAAAUCUCAAGUUAUAAUUCUCUCUUUCAUAGCUUUUCUCCUUGUGAUCACACCCUUGUUACCUUCCUUUCUAAGACCUAGUUAUCUAUACUUAAUCUUCAACAUCCUUAUCAUUGCACUUGCGGCUCAAUCCGGACUUCUCUCAGCAUUCUCUGAGCCGUCAGAAGACAAAAAACAUCAUGUUUCUGUGUCUUCUAAGCAGAAACAUGCAUUGCAAAAACUAGAAGAAAAUGAAGCUUCAACCAUAAACAAUGAAAAUUCUGUCUCAGAAGAACAAAAAGUUAAGAAGCCUAAGGUUGUUGAAAAGUCUGCAUAUGAGAAGAAGGUUGUUUUUGUUGGUGAAAGUAAAGUUGAUAAUAAGGUGAAAAAAUGUCCAUCAAUGCCAAGUCUCUUUUAUAUAGAAAAUGGUGAAGAGGAUGAGGAGGUUGAAGUAGAAGAUGAGAUUUGUGGUGUUAAUGGACAAGAACUUUUUGCAAAAGCUGAAGCUUUUAUUGGAAACUUCUAUAAGCAGUUGAAGAUGCAGAGAGAAGAGUAUUGUGCUUAUUAGAAAAAAUAUUAGGACUUAAUUAUCUUUUUUUUUCUCCCUAAAGAAUGAAUAAUUGUCUAGUUGUGAGGAUCCAUUGUACAGAUUUUGAGCUGGAAUUAGAGGUUAUGUGGUGUUAGUCCUGUUUGUCAAUAUUCAAUUUUCAUUAUUAUCAUAUUAUAAAGUUCAUAUUAAUUUGGAAA